AUCGUUAUCGUGCGUGCGUGGACGCGAAGACGAUAAGCGAUAACUGUAAUUCGAAUCGAUUGCUGCUUACCGCAAGGUCCCAAGUACCUGCUACUUUCUGAUGCGUUGAACCGUCGAAGUCCUCUUUUGGCUUCGAUCAUCUGUCGCUUUUACGGACAUAUGCGAUCAUCGUGACGGUUAACGAUUCCGCCGAAUACUGUGAAAAUGGUAAAGAAAAACGUCUGCGUAGUGGUCUUGGGCGACAUAGGUCGAAGCCCAAGGAUGCAGUAUCAUGCGCAAUCUUUGAUCCGCCAAGGUUUCAACGUUGACAUCGUUGGGUACACGGACAGCCCCGUGCUGGACGAUCUGAAGGAGAACGCCACGAUUAUCGGCGUCCAGAAACCGUUUCCGUUUGACGAAUAUGUUCCACGGUUAAUUGCAUUCCUGUUUAAAGUUGUAUGGCAAACAUUGACACUAUUUUGGGCAAUAUUGGUGAAACGCAAAUCUGACAUCGUUCUAGUUCAAAAUCCACCUGCAAUUCCAACACUUGCUGUUUGCUGGUUUUAUUGUUUGCUUGUCAACGCAAAAUUUAUAAUCGAUUGGCAUAAUUAUGCAUACUCAGUACUUGCUCUGACAUUGGGUUCCAAUGCACCUUUGGUAAAACUUUCUUUAUUCUAUGAACACUUUUUUGGCAGACUAGCUGAUUCUAAUCUUUGUGUAACCAAAGCAAUGAAAGAAGACUUACAUGAAAAAUGGAAUAUUGAAGCUACGACUCUAUAUGAUCGUCCGGGACCACAAUUUAAAACGAUAACAUUAACUGAAAAACAUUAUUUACUAGAAAAAAUGAAAUUAAACGAUUUCACUGAGCUAUUGGAAUCUGGAGAGGUGCGAUUAAAAUCCGACCGACCUAGUCUACUUGUGUCCAGUACUAGCUGGACCCCAGAUGAAGAUUUUUCGAUUUUAUUGAAAGCUCUACAAAAGUACGAUGAAAGUGAUGAUAUCUAUCCAAAACUCGUGUGUGUUAUUACUGGUCGAGGUCCAUUAAAGUGUCACUAUCAACUUAUGAUUUCAAAAUUAAAGUGGAAUAAAGUUUUAAUCAUUACACCUUGGCUUGAAAAUAAUGAUUAUCCAAUUCUUUUAGCGUGUGCUGAUCUUGGUGUAUGCUUACAUGCAUCCUCGAGCGGCUUAGACUUGCCAAUGAAAGUGAUUGAUAUGUACGGUGUUGGUUUACCUGUUUGUGCAUAUGAUUUUAAAUGCCUAAAUGAAUUGGUUCGACACAACGAAAAUGGGCUUGUAUUCUCUAAUGAAAAUCAGCUUGCAAUGCAUAUUAUGACAUGGUUUAAAAAUUUCCCUUUGCAAAUCUGUGAACAACGAACUAGAUUUUGUAAAGAAAUAAAUAAUUUUCGGGCAAUUGAUUGGCAUACUAAUUGGAUGAAUAAUGCAUAUCCAAUUUUUUCUAAUGACAAUUAAUAGCUUACAUUUAAUGGAUAUUUAAAUAGAUUUGAAUUCCUUUAUAUAAUGUAAUAUUGUAAAGAUAUUUAUUUUCAAUCAUGCAUUUA